AUGAUGUGGAAUGAGGCAAGCCCUUAUAUCAGCAAGACGACUCGUUUGCCACGGAAAUGUUUUUAUCGGGCACGAGCUCACAGCAAUCCACUAAGUGACUCCUACUUCCCUGUGCCUAUCUCCCCUUGCCAUGUCGACUAUGCCUUCCAUUUCCCUCAACUUUUUCCAUCAUCCAAUAAGGUUUCCAAGAAGAUCCAAUUUGCAGAUAUUGGCUGUGGUUUUGGAGGACUCCUAAUUAGUCUUUCAACGCUAUUCCCUGACACCCUGAUGAUCGGGAUGGAGCUGAGGGACAAAGUGACGGAGUAUGUCAAGGAACGGGUUUUAGCUUUGAGGGUAGCACAUCCUAAUCAGUACCAGAAUGUAUCAGUGGUUAGAACUAUUUCCAUGAAAUACAUUCCGAAUUACUUUGAGAAAGGACAAUUAUCGAAGAUGUUUUUCCUGUUCCCUGAUCCUCACUUUAAAGAGAAGAAUCAUCGGCGUUGUGUGAUCAGCCCACACUUGCUAAAUGAAUAUGCUUAUGUUCUUGGAGUUGGCGGGAUUAUGUAUACGAUUACGGAUGUGGAAGAACUUGGGGAGUGGACGAAGGCUUGUUUGGAGGGGCACCCUAUGUUUGAAGCUCUUAUAGAUGAAGAACUUGAAGCUGAUCCAGUUGUGAAGCUCUCGAGUAGUGCCACUGAGGAAGGACAAAAGGUUGCACGGAAUGGGGGACAAACUUUCCAAGUAGUUUUUAGAUGCAUUGUGCUGUCUGUUUGUUCUGAGUAG